AUGGUGCUCACAGACAUCGUUGUUUUUCUAGAAUUGAUAGGUAAAAAUCUGAAUGAUUUUGAUAUUCCAAGGGUAAAUAUUGAUGUCAAUUUACAAGAUGGAGGCUUCGGUGAGGUGCAAGAAGAGUACUUGAUAGUUGUGCAAGAAGAGUACUUGAUAGUUGUAGAAGAUGAACAUUUACAAGCAUGUGAAUCUCUAAAUUCAGACCAAAAUUCUGUUUUCGAUGAGAUUGUGAGGCAUGUUGAGAAUGAUUGUCCAGGUAUAUCCUUCAUAGAUGGUCCUGGUGGAACUGGGAAAACAUUUGUGUACAAAGCUUUACUUGUUGAGGGUCAUUCUCGUGGUCUUGUUGCACUUGUGACUGCUUCAUCGGGCGUUGCAACUAAUAACAUGCCGGGGGGAGAACUGCACAUUAUCGAUUCGAGAUUCCUCUCAAUCUGGAUAAUAACUCAGUAUGCAACAUAA